AUGGAAGUACCUGACAUUGAAAUAUGUUCGGACAACACUGAGGUUAUUAUAACGCAAUGCAUGUUUCACACGAAUGAAUUUCAAAAUAACGAACAUUACGACAACUGCACAACUCCGGAAGGAAUAAAUUAUAUCAGACCAAUAGACUCGGGUACUACUGGCACAUUUUGUAAACUGUUCACCACAAAUAAAACUAAAUAUUUUACGCAGUCUUCCGAAGAUGGAUUAUUUGCGAUCGAGUUUCUGUUUAAAAUCAUGAACCUCACGGCUACUGCAGAGAAUCAUCCGACAAUCCCUACAAUUCACAUCCAGACGUAUCAUCCAGACUAUAGUUUACAAUGGAAACCGCCACCUGAUGCUCCCAAAGCAUUAUUAUUCGAAAAUGAUCUGCGAAAAGAAACAAGUGCAUUUAUAGGAUUACAGAAUUAUUUUACAAAGGUUAUUUUACGCCAGUCAAAAACUCGUACGAUUAACCAUAAAACCUUCCGAUCGGUGCUCGGUCUAGAGCCUCAAUAUUUCGAUUACUUUGCUUUUGACGUUGACGCAAAAUAUUUGCUCGUUCAGCCUAGUCCUACGUUCUCACCAGCAAACAACACGGGCAUAUUUUCCAUAGAGCAUCCUAAAGAUUUUUCUACACAGGAGGUCAAAGAACAACAGAGAACCAAAACUUUGUUGUCUUCCUUGGGUCUCGCUGGUGGUGCUUUUGGCGUAUCACUUAGUCUUUACAAAGUUCUUUUUGGGGAAUCUCGAUUGAAACCUUGUCCUGUCCAACCGCCGACUUUGAUGUUGUCUUCAUCAGAACGGGUUGUGCGUCUGGAAAAUCGUGUACAAGAACUUGAGGAGCUGUUGCAAGAAUGUUUCUUUGACACAUCAUACUUGAAACAAAUUGGUUCAAGUUCCUUUGCAUACAAGGAAGACGAAAAAGCUGUAAUAAUUGACGGUGUGCAGAACCCAUUCGAGGGGUAG